AUGCCUAGCAUGCUAGUUAUGAAAGAAUGGAGACAGUUCGGGCGCAGUGCUAGAUCAAGCUUCGAGACUAGGUCUCGUAUGGACGCCGGGUCGUACUCGGAGCCGUUGAUGCUCCGGAAUCUUUUGCGGAGCUGGCUUGUGGCGUACUAUCACUCAGGCGGGGCGGACGGCAGCGAUCGGCAGAGCAUUUUGAAGCACACUAUGGAAUUCUGCAGGUCUACGAAAUUGGCGGUGAUACCUCAGCGGCUGACAAACAUCAUCAUGACUGUCAUGGAUGUGAGCAAUAGGCUAUUAGGCCUCUUACAACCCGACACCUUGGCCCACAGACAAAUAUCCUGUCUGCUUGAGCUACUGGGAUUGGGAGAUGACGUGGCCAAGAAGGAGGUGGUCGAGAGCCUGGAGAGUUUUGGUGCAGCAGACGAUGCAUUGAUGCAAGCGAUGUUGUGCGGCGCGUUCAUGCCCAACCUCAUGGUGGGCCAUCCAGGAAAGCCGUCGAGUGACUGCGAAGAGUCUCCUCUCACCCUCAGUCUUCAGAUGGAAAAUCCUACCGAUGUCAGAGUGGCGGCACUACGCGAGGGUCUGAUGUCCAGCGGUGUUCUGAGCAAUAAAGACAGAGUUGCUAUAGAAGCCACUCACACUGGGGUAGUCCUCCGAGCAUCUCCUCGGCGGCGAGGCGAAGCAAUGAAGCGUGAGAAACUCAAUGAUGAUGAGGAGGAGCGAGCUAGGAAGCGGCGUGUGACUGCGGUGGGUACGACAGCGAUGGAUCAGGAUCUGAAGGCAUUGAAUGAACUUGCCGAGAUACAGUUUGAUGGGCGAAGUGAAGAAGAUGACGAGGAGAAGGAAAAAAGUUGCGACAAUACACUGGGGGUAACCUGGAACGAUGCUGAGGAUGCAUGGGUUGUCAAGCGGAAGGAGGCUAUAGGAGGUAUACUAGCCUACAUCACUUUCUCUAUGACCCCUUUCUUCACAGGCAAAGACAUAGUAAUUCGAAAAGCCUUCGUGGCUGAUGAGAAUACGAGCAUAGUGAAGUCCCGUAUGGAUGCUAUUAAUUGGUGA